CGAUCCCCAUCCAGAAACAAAUCGAGAGGCAAGGGAAAGGUCUCCUGCGGCGGCGGCGGCGGCGGCGAGGCGAGAUCUGCGGCCGGCGGCGGCACCGUCGACGGAGUUUUGCGGCGACGACGCCGCCGCCGCCGCCGGCGCUCGGUGGAGGAGUCCUUCGCGGCCCCUGUGCUAGCGCCCAGGAAUCGGUGGUCUCUGCGAUGGCAGCGCCCGAGGGAUCGCUGGUGGUUUAGCUACAACGUCGUCGGGGCAAGCAGUUGAUUCAUUGCAGGCAGCAGGAGGAGUCUCCACUUUGAUUCAAGAGGAUUAGAAUAUGGACAAGAGUUGGAUGAGAUUGCCCGAUAGGUUCUCUAGGGAGUAUAUUGCUGGGGUAAACGCAUUUAUUGAAUUUGCUUGUGAACACAAUGGAGAGAACAGUUUUAUAUUUUUCCCAUGCGAAAGGUGUUUGAAUAUAAGUCAGAUGGGUGCCAAUGAUGCUCGAACACAUUUGGUGUUGUAUGGUAUACAAUUAUCAUAUACAAAAUGGGUAUUCCAUGGAGAAGUGGCCAACAAUUAUGAUCAGGACGAUGAACUUUUAGAGGAUGAAGAUAAUGGGGAUGAGUUUGAUGGAUUUGAUACUAUUCAAGAUCUAUUAGGUGAUAUCCAUAGGGCCACAAUUGGGGUUGCAGAGCAGGAGAACCAAAGUGGUAAUAAUGGAGAUAAUGUCCUCUAAUCUAAUCAAGAGGCAGUCCGUUUUGAUAACUUGCUAAGAAAUGCACAAAGAGAGUUGUACCCAGGAUGCAGAGGUCAUUCACUGUUAUCCUUCUUGUUGAAGUUAGUCCACUUAAAAGAUUUAAACCAUUGGACUAACAAAUCAUUUGAGAUGCUACUCAAAUUAUUGAAAGAAGCUUUGCCAACAGGUGACACACUUCCAGCCUCAUAUUAUGAAGCAAAAAAGAUGUUAAGAGAUCUAGGGCUGGGCUAUGAAAGCAUACAUGCAUGCAUCAAUGAUUGUGUAUUGUUCUGGAAGGAACUUGAAGACUAUGAUAAGUGCCCUGUUUGUAAUGAAUCAAGAUGGAAAAUUCACAAGGGAAAGAAACGUGUACCUCACAAAGUUUUGCGAUAUUUUCCUUUGAUCCCUAGGUUACAGAGACUAUUUAUGAACAAGGACAUAGCCUCAGACUUAAGAUAUCAUCGUGAUAAGCGUGUAAUUGAGGAAAAUGUCUUGAGACAUCCAGCUGAUGGCGAAGCUUGGAAGGAUUUGGAUGGAAAAUACCAAUGGCUUGCGCACGAUCCUCGCCAUUUGCGCUUUGGACUUGCUACAGAUGGGUUCAACCCAUUUGGAACUUUGAGUAGCUCUUAUAGUGUGUGGCCUAUUAUAUUAGUUGUAUACAACCUGCCACCAUGGAAGUGCAUGAAGGAACCCUUCAUAUUAAUGCCCUUGCUGAUUCCAGGGAAGAAAGCACCUGGAAGGGAUAUUGAUGUGUACAUGAGGCCCUUGAUUGAAGAAUUGAAUCUACUCUUUAACACUGGAGUCAGUACAUAUGAUGCCUUUGUAGGAGAUACUUUCAAUCUACGAGCAGUAGUGCUAGGCACUAUUAGUGACCUUCGUGCAUUAGAUUCACUAUCUGGGUAUGUGGCAAUGGGCUAUAAGGCUUGCCCGAUAUGUUUAGAUUGGACUGAUUCGUGUUCGCUAAGAAGCAAGAUUGGUUUUUUGGGUCAUAGAAGAUACUUGCCUAUUCAGUAUAGAUGGCGAAGAAGUAAGAACUUUAAUGGCAAGAAUGAAACAUCAUUGAGGCCAAGACAGCUAUCAGGAGAUGAAAAUUUUGCAAUGCUACAAAAAUUAGAUCAUCUACAAGGCUUCAAGUAUGGAAAGCAUGAUGGAAAUAAGAAAAGAAAGACCUCAGAAAGGGACAUCCCAGGAAAGAAUUUUACUAAGAUCAGCAUUUUGUAUGAGUUGCCGUACUGGAAGGAACUCAAGUUGCCACACAACCUAGAUGUCAUGCAUAUUGAGAAAAAUAUUUGUGAGAGCGUGCUUGGAACUCUUUUGAACAUAAAUGGUAAGACUAAAGACACACUUAAGGCUCGCAUGGACUUGCAAGACAUAAACAUCCGGAAAGAGCUACACUUGCAACAAAGGGGCAGCAAUGUCAUAAAGCCUCCUGCUUGUUAUACACUAUCCCAAGAGGAGAGACAAGAUUUUUUUCAAUUUAUAGAAUCUGUCCGCUUUCCUGAUGGUUUUGGUGCAAAUAUAUCAAAAGGUCUAAGCUAUAAAGAGGGGAAAAUAACUGGGUUGAAGACACAUGACUUCCAUCUGCUUUUGCAGCGAAUACUUCCAAUUGGAAUUCGAGGGUAUUUGCAGAAUGACAUUUGUGAUGCACUAUUACAGUUAGGUAGCUUUUUUCGUCAACUAUGCUCUAAGUCAUUGAAGCUUGAUGUGCUGGAAAAGUUAGAAGAACAAAUAAUAUUUGUGUUGUGAAAAUUGGAAAUGAUUUUUCCACCUGCAUUUUUUGAUAUUGUGGUACACUUAGCAGUCCAUUUACCACAACAAGCAAGACUUGGUGGACCUGUACAGUAUAGAUGGAUGUUUUUUAUUGAAAGGUUCCUUGGUACUUUGAAAGGCAUGGUGAGCAAUAGGGCACAUCCAGAGGGUUCAAUCGCGGAAGCCUAUAUUAUGAAGGAGUGCUCAACAUUUUGCUCUAUGUAUCUCAAUGGAAUUGAGACAAGGUUCAAUAGGGAAGAGAGAAACUAUGAUGGAGAGAGGCAAUUCGCUGAUCGCUACUCAAUAUUUUUAUCUAGAUUCUGUGCUUUUGGUCACAAGGAUGACGUAAUCCUAACACAAGAUCAAUAUAAUUCCCUGUGUUGGUACGUGCUCAAUAAUUGUGAAGAACUGCAAGGGUUCCUAUAUGAGCAUGAGGACGUUUUAGAGGCACAAGGCGUGGGAAAUAUAGCAAAUAGACUGCAACAAGAGUUUGCUACAUGGCUGCGCCAAAGAGUUAUAGAUUUGCGCAAGGAUGGUUCAUCCCAAGUAUCUGAUUGUUUAUAUGCCCUUGCAAUUGGACCACACAAAAAAGUACAUAAAUACUCUGGAUGUAUUAUUGGUGGAGUUAGAUUUUUAACAAAGGAGCGGGAGGAAGGUCGAAAAACUCAAAACAGUGGAGUAUGCGUUGAGGGUCCACAUAAAGGGAAAAUCAUAACAUACUAUGGUACUCUCACAGACAUAUAUGUCUUGGAUUAUCCUAAUGAUCGGCAAGUUGCAUUGUUUAUGUGUGAUUGGUACAAUCUGGAGAGAAACAAACCAGUGAUCAUUGACAAUGACUUUGUUAGUAUUAAUAUAAGCAAAAGGUGGUACACAGAUGACAAUUAUGUAUUGGCUAGUCAAGUUAAGCAGGUCUUUUAUGUACCUGAUACUAAAUUGAAGGGGAAUUGGCAAGUAGUGCAAAAGGUUAACCAUCGGCACCUAUUUGAUCCAGAGGUUUGGAGUGCUGGGAGUGAAAGUGCUUUAGACAUCGGUGCUAAUGAAGAUAUUGCCUUUCAAGAAGAAGAGGGUGGUGAUAUUGUUCUGGAUGAUACUUUUGAAGCUAAUACAUUGAGUCGCGAUGAUGUGAUUCUAGAAAUUGUUAGUGAUUCAAAAGAGAUAGCAUCUUUAAAGGAGGGUCCUGUUUCUCGAAGUGAAUGUGAAGAAGAAACUGAGAAUUAGAUUUCUUAUGAUUCUAUUAUACAUCAGUAAGUAUCUGCAUAUGGCACCUGGACAGAAAGUUCGGCCUCCAAGAAACUCACAACCAUCUAAUUGCCCACAAACUCAGCAUGUUUCUACUUCCAACUCCAAGAAAGUGCGCGGAAAGAAUAAAUCAAAAGGUUUGGAGCGCCUGAUCAAAAAAGCUGGUCACCCACUGAACUUGAAUAUUUCAGUAGAGAGGAGGCCAAUUGGAGAAAAUCAUGAACUACUUUCAAGGGAGAUUGGGAUUGUUACUAGGUACCAUGCACCUAUCAAACGCAUUGGUUGGAACAAUUUUAGUGAGGCUGACAAAGAACCUUUGUAUGAGCUUCUGAAGAUGAAAUUCAACUUAGAUCUAUCUGAACCUCAUGUUAAAGGCUGUCUGGAGCUACUAUUUUCGUCAAGCUAUAAAACAUUUCACCAUAGAUGCUAUACUCAUUAUCUCAAGUCUGGUGGUGGGGACAGUGCUCGUAACAGUCCAUAUGAACCCCUUCGUGACAGACCUGGUUAUUGGACUUGGCUUUGUGAUCAUUUCGAAACAGAAGAAUUUCAGAAAAAAUCAGUUAUAGGGAAAGCUAAUCGGAUGAAACUGGCAUAUGUUCAUAAAAAGGGAACCAAACCAUUUGUGGCACUUCAGCAUGAAUUAAGUUGUGAUCAAAUCUCAUUGUACAAGGAAUGCUAUUGUAGUGACAAAGGAUGGGCGUCAAGAGAUGCUAGACAGAACUAUGAAACAAUGUUACAGAUGCAGCAUGAAAAUGAGCAAGAAGGUGCAAUCCAGCUGACAGAGCAACAAAUUUGUGAGAAGGUGCUUGGGAAGGCAUAUGGAUAUAUUAGAGGGAGAGGUCAUGGUCCGAAACCUAAUAGAAGAGCUUCAUCAACUUCAGCAAACACCUAUCAACAAAUGGAAGAAGAAUUGGCUUCUACAGAACAAACUGUGGCAGUUCAACAAAACCAGCUUGCAGUAUAACAAAAUCAGCUUGAAUCUCAACAAAAGCAACUUGAUUGGUUGCGCAGUGUCGUGUCCAAACUUGCUGGUAUUCCACCUCCUGCUAUGGAUGAUAAUGAUGCCUCAGGACCAUCCCACACAACCACAACUUCAAUUGAUGGAUCCGGUUCACUGGUUUCGGAUGGAAUGUCAAGGAGAUCAUGAUUUUGAAGAUCUUUGAUUAGGAGCUUUUUUUCAGGAACACCGCAACGUAAUCUCCUAGGCUAUUACAUCAUCUUGACAAUACUCAUCAUGGUGUUUCAAAACAAGCAUCAGGUUGCGAUGCUCCAAGAGACUUGUAUAAACUCAACCAUAGUACUACAGAAAUUUUGUUUACUUUGUGGUAUAGUGAUUCGUAGUUCUGUUCAGAUAGAAGUGAUUCAUAUUUUUCUUCAAAUAGAUUACUCAUUUAGAAGUUGACUUUUGGGUAUAAUGAUUUCCUUGUAAGACUGCACAUCAGUUUUAAUGUGUUACCGUGUCAAGCAUGUACUCUAAGGUGAAGCUUGAGAUGAGUUUAUUGUAGCACUAUUCUGCAGUUGAUGCUAUGGUAACCUAGUUGAUUCAUAUAUGAAUUGCACAUCAAAUUGCCAUA